AUGAGAGUCUUCAACAGAGAGAGGAAGAAACAUCUGCACUCCUUGGUGUGUCAGGACCAUGAGCAUUUCAUCACUGUGCUGCAGCUCAUCUCCAUUGUGCUCUUGGCUGCUCUCCUCACGGCUAUCCUUGUCAAAGGCUCUGAGGUUCCUAGUUCCCAAGAGCAUGAUCAGCAAAAGCAACACAUGCACCAGAAACUGGGCCAGCUGAAGGCUAGACUAGACCACCUGUGCCGCCCCUGCCCCUGGGACUGGACGUUCUUUCAAGGAAACUGUUACUUCUUCUCCACAUUCCAAAAGAAGUGGAAGGAAUCUGUCAUUGCCUGCAAGGACAUGGGGGCCCAACUAGUGGUCAUAAAAAGUUAUGAGGAGCAGAGCUUCCUCCAGAGGACUUCUAAGAUGAAAGGCAAUACCUGGAUAGGGCUGUCAGACUCACAAGAGGAAGACCAAUGGCUGUGGGUGGAUGGCUCAUCACUGCAGUGGAGGAACUAUUGGUCUGCAGGGGAGCCCAACAAUUUGUACAAUGAAGAAGAUUGUGUGGAAUUUUCAAGUUAUGGAUGGAAUGAUAUCUCAUGUUCCUUUGAGAAGUUCUGGAUCUGUAAGAAGUCUGCAUCUCCUUGCCCUAGGUGA